UUUUUCAAUCGUCCCGCUCGCAUCCACACCAUGGGUCUUCUCACGGCCAUGUUCCGCACCAAACCCAUCGCGGUCAUUGACGCAGAAGAGCGCAAGGAAGAGCUGCCGCGCGAACUCGGGCUCGUCGAUCUCAUCCUCAUCGGCGUCGGGUCCACGGUCGGGUCCGGUGUCUUUGCGACGACCGGCGACAUCAUUAGCCAGACAGCGGGCGCCGCGGCUUUUCUCUCGUGGCUCAUUGCUGGCUUCUCGUGCAUCCUCAACGGCUUUGCGUACAUGGAGAUGAGUUCGCUCGUGCCGUCGUCCGGCUCGACGUACGCCUACUCGUACUACGGCCUCGGCGAGCUCCCGGCCGUCGUCGCCGGCUGGCUCUUGACACUCGAGUACGGCAUUUGCUCGGCGGGCGUCGCGCGCUCGUGGGCGGAUAAAGUCCACGAGUGGGUCAAAGAAGGCCUUCCAGAGGGCUCGACGUCGGCCAACUGGCUCAACGAUUCGCACGCGAGCUUCCUCGGCGCCCUCUGCAUGGCGGUCUGCGUUGCCAUUGUCCUCGUCGGAAUCAAGUUUGGCAAGCAUUUCAUCAACGUCGUGACGACGAUCAAGGUCAGCGUUGUCCUCUUCAUCAUCAUUGUCGGCUUCAUCGCGACGCAACCCGAGAACUUCACGCCGUUCGUGCCACCGGUGGUCCCCGCGACCGCUGACUCGGCCGCGCAAUUUGGAGUCCAAGGCGUCAUGCUCGGCGCAUCCCAGGCGUUCUUUGGCUACACGGGGUUUGACGAAGUCUGCUGCAUGGCCGCCGAGGCCAAGAACCCGCGCAAGACGGUCCCGCGCGCGGUCAUUGGUGUCAUCCUCGGCACGAUGUUCCUUAGCUCGUUUGCGUCGCUCGCGCUCUCGGGCAUGAUGCCAUACGACGCGAACCCGCCGAAUGGUUUUUACUUUUCCGCGGGCUUCCAGUACCAAGGCUACAACUGGGCGGGCACGAUCGUGCACAUUGGCGAGGUCUGCACCAUGCCGAUCGUCGUCCUCGUCGGGUUUCUCGCGCAGCCGCGCGUCUUGUAUGCGAUGGCGGUUGACGGCCUCUGCCCGCCCAUCUUUGGCAAGGUCGACAAGAAGGGCAACCUCUUCUGGAACACGUUGAUCACUGGCGUCUUCUUCACCAUCAUUGCGCUCCUCGUGCCGUUCGACUACCUCUGGAACUUGGUCUCGCUCGGUAUCCUGGUCGGCUUCAACAUGACCAACUCGGCGCUGAUUUUGGUCCGGACCCGCGAGUCGGCGCCAACGAUAGCGUACAAGCUGACCGGCGCGCUGGUGGCUGUCUCGCUCGCCUCGAUGUUCCUCUUCCAGAAGGGCUACGUGAUUGCAACCGAGCCCGCGACCGGAUACCUCAUCGCGUCGAUGGUGCUCCUCGCGGCCGUCGUCGCCAUCACGUUUGGAAUUUACUUUCUUUGCCCCCAGAACGUCGGGGCGCCCGACAUGUACCGGUCGCCGCUCGUGCCGUUCGUACCGGCGCUCGCCAUCACGUGCAACUGGUACCUCAUUGCGCAAAUGGGCGCGCGGGACAUUGGUCUCUGCUGCGGCUGGGUCGGCCUCGCGAUCCUCUCGUACUUUGUCUAUGGCCACCGGUACAGCGAGGGCCAAAACGGCUGGGCCGCGAUGCUCCACCACGAGUACACGGGGCUCAACUCGGUGCGCCCGUCGCUCACAAGUCAGAUUGUCGGCGAGAAGAAGGAGUCCAUCCUCGGACUCAAGCUCCAAGUGGCAAAUUCGUCCAAGUAAAAUCAGUGGUCUAGUGUUUCUUCGUUUAAAAUUGCCAACGCUAACGACAUGUAUGCGUCCUACUCG